AUGCCCAGCACAUCAGGGAGAAGUGACUUGCCACCGACAAAAAUAAUCGUCGUCUACAGGAACGGAGAUGCCUAUUUUCCCGGCAGGAAAGUAGUUGUGAAUCCGCGGCACGUGCCAUACUUUGACAACUUUUUGACAUCUCUGACCAAAGGGAUUGAAGCACCGUUUGGCGCUGUGAGGAGGAUCUACACCGCUACACAAGGCCACCAAGUUCACCAUCUGGAUGACCUUCAGCACGGGAGUGUGUAUGUCGCGGCCGGAAAUGAGGCGUUCAAGAAACUGAAUUAUUGUGAAAUAGCAGCCAAGAAGCCACAGAAUAAGAAAAAAGAACAGAUCCAACCUGUUGUUCACAGCAGGAUAGUAGUUUCUGCCCGCUGGAAGAGAACUGCUGAUGAGUCUUGCACAAUAAAUGUCUUCACCAACGGAGAAGUGCUGGUUCCUCCGGCUCGAAUACGGAUCCCAAAGUAUACCCUUAGAAGCUGGGAAAACGUUUUAGCUAUGGUGACAGAGAAAGUGCGUCUUCGCACAGGUGCUGUUUUCAGGCUUUGCACAUUAAACGGACACCCUGUCUCCGGUCCCACUGAACUGGAGAACAACCACUACUAUGUUGCAGUCGGUGCAGAAAAGUUUAAGGCUCUCCCAUAUUACCAGUGUGUCCCCAGGAGGGAUUUGCUUAGGGAAAAUAACAUGACUGAAGGCCAAGGCAUCCUGCCCAGUACCAAAAUCAAAAGAUGUGCAAAGAAUGGGUUUGCUCAGACAAGCUCUGGAGAAGACCUUGAGCACACAGCCAGGGGCCAGACAAAGAAACUCACAGCCAAGGCAGAGAGAACCAAACAACGAGGGCAGGUGUCCAAGAACCCAGUUCUCUUCCCCCCAGUGGAGGGCAGCGUGUUCAAUGCACAAAACAAAAGGAGUGAGAUGGCAGGAGCAGCAGAGGUGCAGGAAGACCGCCAGUUGAAGGUGGAUCUGCCAAUUGAUCAGGUUGAGGCCAAGAUAGUUGAAGAGGAGUAUGAAGAUGGGAAUUGUUCUGCGAGUUCCUGCAAGGCCUCCCUCCGUGAUUCAGAUGACUUGAGUAUGCAAAGGUCUUCCACCACAGAUUCCGGGAAAAAUGAAGAAAAUUGAAACUUCAACAUUAGUUGUUUAGAUCU